GUGCUUCUAACCCACUUUCCCACCGGAACGUCUUACCAAAACCUGCAGCACUACGUUCAGCUCUACAGAAACAAGAGAUUUGGCAUGUUCAACUACGGAUCCUCUCAAAAUAAGGAGCUCUACGGACAGGAAGAGCCUCCAGAAUAUCCCGUGGAGCGUAUCAAAGUUGCCAUGGCACUAUUCUCGUCAGAGGGCGACACACUCGCAAACCCAGAGGACCUCUCAGCGUUUAUUGACAGCUUGAGUUCACCGCCACUCUUCAACCACGUUGUACCGCAACAGGACUUUCGUCACAUUGACUUUUUAUUCGGUCUGAAUACAUAUGGCUACCUCCACAAGUCCAUGAUCGAAACCUUGGAGAAAUAUACUGGCACAACUGUGUGAAGAAACGACAAUCUUGCUAACAACCUAGGCAUUGUCAUCUGGCUCCACAUGAAGUCAUCUAUAUUGU